GACGGCUUCUGGAGACUGCAGAGGUGGACACUGCUCGGUUUAACACUUUUUAGGCUGUGUCUGGAGGGCUGUAGCUCAGCGGAGCAAAUAUGUUCGAUAAACUUCUUUCACGGCGUUUUGGAACAUGAAGAGUUGAGAAUGCAGCUGACUGGGUCGCAGUUUUACAAGCUUCUUCAGACGCACCCCCAGUCUGUGACUUGGUCUGACCCACGAUCCCUUACCCUCAAGAAAACACCAUCAGGCAGCCUUGGGCUCAAGAUCCGUACUUUUCAACCACCUCAAGACUCAUCAAAAGAGCUGGAGUCAACCACUGUGGUGUACAAAAUACAACCAGAGUGCACCAUUCAAAAUUCCAGUCUUCUUGCAAAUUACGAUCGCAUUGUCAGUGUGGAUGGAAAGCCAAUUGUAAACAGCACACAGAAGGAGGUGUAUAGGCUGUUUGAGGUUCAUACGAAGGACGCUAUUGCUCUUGGCAUUUGUCGUAUUGUAAGAUUGCCUUUUAUGAACUCACAAGCCACCAACAAUAGAGUUGAUGACAGACGACAGCAAGUGCCCUUAAGUCAGAUUGCCACAAGCAACACAAUCCAGAGGCAUUUUUCUCGAGGAAGUUCAGACUCUGGCCGAGGGAGUUCUCCAAGAAGUGGCGACACAAACGGUUGCUUUGAUUUUACCUCCACAAACUCAUCAGUGAGGAGUUCUGGACAUAGUCUGGACGAUACCAUUGCCAGCUCUAGUCAGACAGUGAGUGUAAAGAGGUCAUCGUCAGGCAGUAGUACAUGUAGUCAGGUGUGUAGCCAGUCUGGACAAAGGAAAACGUUCUCUUGUAAACACCAAGACCAGUACCUUGACCAACCUGACAACCUUUCUGGCAGUGGCUCCUGUUCUUUGUGUAUGUCACAGCACACUAUUUGUGCACCAUGUGUGACCUCAUUUCCUCAGUGUGACUGGCAUUGUGGUGGUGUGCAUGGGAAGGACAUUACAAACAGUGGCAGUUCAGUUCCGUUGGAUUUUAGUCUCUCAGAGUUACACCUGUGGGCAUCUCGUGAACGAACUCAUUCCCUUCCUCUUCCCUCUGAGUUGGCUUCACCACACAUAGAUAGAAGCAGCACUUGUCAGUGUCAGUCCUACGACACCAUUAAUAACCUAUCGUCAGGCAUGGCCAAACAAACUACAUGCAAUAAACAAGCGUCUGUAUCAAGUAGCUGUUCACCUAAAGUAUUUGUAAAACAUUCUAGAGAACAAAAAGGGAGUAACUCUGAUUGCCUGAGUAUUGCACAGCAGAUUCUUAAUCACCCAGAAAAUGUCAAGUGGGACCCAAAUACCAAAGUGGUUACCUUGGAGCGGAAUAAUAAGAAGACUCCUGGCAUCACCUUCAAAUUUAAACACCACAAGAAUAAAGAUGGCACAGUGGAUCUGUAUAACUUAGUGGAGGAGGUGGAUAAAGGUGGCCUUGCAGAUGGGAAGUUGAUGGUGGGAGACUGGAUUCGAUCAAUUGAUGGGAAUCCUGUACAUGGUAACCAGACACAAAAAAUAAGAGAGCUUUUGGACAAGCAGGCAUCAGUAAGAUUUGUCCUUCAGAGACCUGUUGACUUGAGAGGAUGGAAUAUAAACAGAGAUGGCAAAUCCAGAAAACAAUGUAACUAUAAUCCGUCUCCCUCAGCCCCAGGUGUGAAUGUCCAUCGACAACUGGAAUCCUCACCCCGCUGUAGUGUUUGCAGCCCUCAGAACCUUGUUACUGCUGUUAACCCAAGGCAUGCAGAUCCAUCAAAGAUGCCACCAAAGAUGGAGAGAUAUCUCAGCACAGUGUCCCACAGUAGUAAUGCAUCUGGGAGACGUCACUCUCCACACACGCCCCCAGUUUGCACCUGCUCAAACAAUGUGUCCAGUAGUUACCUGCGUUCAGUAAGCACAGUAUGUGAACCGCCCGACUGGAUAAGCAUUGCGAGGAACAUGUCAUCUAUGGAGGAGUAUGUCAAGUUCCCUUCAUUGCAGCUUUUUAUUGCUGGCAGUCAUGCUUUAAAGAUGACAGAACUAUUAUUUAAUAGCAGUAAUCAGCCAGUGUAUGCAAUGGGGAAAGAAAAGUUCCUCCACAUUCGCUGUUAUGUGUGUGAGGACGCAUACGGAGUGACUAAACUGUAUCUUCAUGACGACUUGCCAGCGACAGAGAACGAUGUGCUAAAUGGUGUGAUAUCUCAGUGCUUUGACACUCAAAUAAGUGUUUGUGAAGAUGACAUUGAGCUGGAUGUUUCUACCCAGGUUGGUUGUGGCCCACAAUCAAGAUGCUACAGUCGAUUGACAUCGCGGAGUCAAAACUCAAAUCCCUACUCAAUAGCAUUGGACGUCUAUGUGGUAACAGACGAGAAGUUUUUCACACGGUGUUGCCAUUUCAUGUUUUCCAAAAACACUCUCUUUUUUAUAACAUUUGAUGGUGCAAAAGUGUUGGAGAGCACAAGUGAAAUGACAAAAAUUGGUCAGAUGGUGCAUUCAUCCCAGGCAGCAUGUGGAGCUGAUACUCCUCUUUUUCUGUAUGGAUUUUUGGAUGGUGACAGUACAGAAAAUGAAAGUCCCAAAGCUGAUGAACUGAAAGCACUUUUUUAUACAGAUCAUGGCCGCCAAAUUUUGAGAUACCCCAAUGUGGCUAUGCCUCUUUUCAUAGUGCUUCAGCCUUCUGUAGGAGGUUCUGUGGACGACCAGGGUUAUGAAGCAAGACAGCUCAUUGGUCAGAUUGUUUUGCACCAGGAGCACUUAUCUGGUCAUAUGCACCUUGCCACUCUCUCAGUCAUGUCGUGGGUUUUACAACAGCAGCGUGAUGGACGCAAUAUCGCUCAGUUAGGAGAGCUGAGGGAUACCAUUAUCUCCAUUCUUCCAGAGAUCCAAGAGUGUCAGCUGACAAAAAUCAUCCAUGAACUGCAAGUGUCUGGAAUGAUCAGACUCACAAGUUCAGAAAACAGCUGUAAGGGUGCUACAGAACAGCAGCUAGUGCUGCUGAAGCCCAGCUGCCUUCUCCAGUGCCUACAGACUCUGUUGUCAGGGUUAGACAGGUUGUCUGCUAGCAGCAAGGCCAGUCCAAGAAAAUCAACGACCGGGAUUAAAUUUCCCACAGCUGCAAGUGACAAAAUGCUGAAGGCAGCCUUUCAGAUAUCUAACUGUUCCAGUAUGACCUUUAAUGAGAUGAUUUUAUUCCUGGAAAAGUUUUUAGUUGUGCAAAAUGUUUGGAUGGCCCCAGACACAUAUUUGCUGCCUUAUUUCUGUCAGGAAUCCCAGACCCCAGGGGAAAAGGCAGAGCAUGAAAAUGAGCUGGUGUUAUAUGUGGAACUGGACAAAGUUAUAUCCACUGGUGUCUUCUUGAGGACUCUGAACAACCUGGCUAAACACUGCCAGGCCAGUGAACUGUCAUCUUUAAGUCUAUACUCUGCCUGUCUCACAUUGGAUGAAUGGAACAUUUCAUGGCUACAUUUGUGGAAAGAUGAUCUUAUUAAAAUCUCAUUGAGGUCUACCAAGGUAAAUUUGCCAAGUACACCUCCACUGGGCUUUGUGAACAACGUAGUUGAGGUUUUUCAGAGCACUCUUCCAAACUCUGUGCAGUUUCACUUGUGUGUCCCCUGCCCCCUAGGGGAAGAUUGCCAGACUGACAAGGGGAGACAACCCCACCUCGUGGAUAUCCAGCAGGGCCCAAACUUUUGUGGCAAUGUGAGAGUAGACAACAAGAAAACUGUAAAGAUGUGGGUCUCUACUCUGUCAACAAAGCAAUCCAAGCUGAGUUGCCAGGGCAAUGAAGAUCCCCCAGAAGAUCCUCCCAGUCCUCAAGAGAAAAAAUUUGAUUUGUCGAUGCCUGUACUUCUCCUUCCCUACAGCCUAUUGCAUAACUUGUUUUUACAACUUCGUCUGCGAAUGCCUCGUGGCAAUGAUUGGACAGGUUUUGCCGCCUGUAUAGGGAAGACUGGGCAGGAAGUGGCUCUGUAUGAAACCCAGAAGAACCCGCCUCAGGAUCUGGUAACUGAAUGGGCUCGAAUGACCCGUGCCACAGUGAGUGACCUAAUUGAUGUCUUGUCCCACCCUGAAAUGGAGAGGGUAGAUCUGGUCGACAUGGUGAAACAGGCACUAAACAUGACGUAGAUUCCAUACACAAAUGGGGUAUCUAGUGUCUUCUCAGCCAAAGCUAUGUUCAGAUAAUAGACAUUGUUUAACCACAUACCUAUGCUCCUUAUUAUAGUGUUUCAUCAAGGAUGUGUUAAUUUACAUGUUGGUAGCUACAUUGCUUUUCUGCUUUGGUAGAUCAUGUUGGUCAAUAAAUGGAUGCAUAUCUUUCAUGUGCCAAAUUUGUUUUUGUUUUAUGAAUAGUGACUUCAUGAAGUGAACUAACAUGUGAUGUGUAAUAAAUUACAGUAAAACUGCACAAAAGGUUGUAGGUUUUUAUUGGUUUUAGAACUUGUGCUUAUUUGUCAUAUAGAAGGUGACAAUAUCAAGAAAUAGAUGUGUUUGUUGCCUGUCACACCACAGCCAAGAUUUUUUCUUGGCUGAGUUUACUCAGUUUGAUUUGCAUUACUAUCUUUGUGUGCACACAAGUAAUCGAAGAAAAUUAUCAUCAGGUCUGUUACACUUUUGUUGUAUUUGUUUGGUUGAUUCUGCAAGUUGAUGUUACAAAUGUUACAAACCAUGUAAAGAUGACUUCAACCCUGAGCAAAAUUAUUAGAAGAGGUAUAAGUUCUGGUAACAUUUGAGACCAAAGUGGAAAGAAAAUCAUUAUGCUGUUAAGCAGAAAAGUAUGAUCCAUAAACAGCUAAUUUGGAAUUAAGAUGUAUUAUGUUGUAUGUUCAGAAAUAUUUUCUGUUAAUGAGUUAUACAAUCUGCUAAAUGAAAGAACGACAACAGUAGGUUCUGAAAAAAAAGGUGUGCUUUGUGAAAUUGUCGCACACUAGAGUGCAUUAACUUGUUGAUUGACAGUGUCAAUAGCCAGUUUAAUGAUCACGUCAACUAUUACUUGUUAUAUGGAGAGCCCAUUCUGUUUUUGGGGGAAUGAUCUUGUUGACAUCCAUUGAUGAUGGCCUUGUUACGUAUAAUUUGCCAGAAGCACAAUGUAAUUAUAACUUUGAAACCAAAAAGUUGUGUGGAUUAAAUUAUUUAUGCACAAUUUUAGACUAUUUAAAAGUUGUUCAGUGGUUGAAGGAAUCAAAGUUUUACAUCACCUUUGUGACAGGUGGCCUUAACGCACAGUGUGCACAAGUAUUUUAAACCAUUCUCAUAUUGUAGCUUUCACAAUCAUCAUAUUCUUUCAUGCAACAUGGUGACCAUGGGAUUUUUCCUUAGAUUGUACUAAUAUGAUACAUCCCUCUCAGCCACUGCUGUUGAUAGCGAUUAAAUUUUGUUGAUAGAGAUCAUUUUAAAACCCAUGGAAAGAGAAAAGGAAAUUAUGAUUUGAAUGACAUUUUAAGUAAUCUACAAGGUUUAUGGAAUCGGAAGUAUUUCAGAUGAUGAAAUAUUGUGCUUGUGGCCUUUUUAACAUUUCCCUUUAAAUUUUUGUUUUAUUCGGAAUGAUCAUUUUACAAUUUUUGUGCCUAAUGAAAUCCAUUGUCAUUUUUUGUUAAGUGUCACUUGUAUUCAGUAUAUAUUCACUGAAUAUAGUGCUUUAAACUCUAUUGUUUAGGCUUUAUUCAAGUAGUAUUUAUGCUUUUAGCUGUGCAUGUGCUUCCCUGCUGUCUUUUUUAUCAAAAUUACCAAAAAUUUAUGUGUUAUUCGUCAUUUCAUAUGAUCUCAGUGCUUUUUAUUUGUUGGUGGACACAGCAAUUGUAUUUUUACCACUUCUUGAGAAAAUGUUUUGCUUCAUUACAUGAUUUUGGGAGAUUAAUGGACAUGUAUUUGCAGAGAUAUACAACUUCCCCCAUCUUUAUGUACAUAAACAGUUCAAAGUUAAGAGAGUAGUGUUUUAGUUUGUAACUGUUGCAUUUCAUUCCUUUUAAAACUUGCUACAUUUUUUUAGAAAGAAAAUCAGUAAUUACACCAAUCAAAAAUAAAUAUAUUUUGAAAUGGUAUUCUACUUGCAACCAUUCUGACAAUAUUGAAGACAUAUUAUAACUAAAAAACUUUGCCAUUGUUGAAUUAGACGCAUGGCCAGGACUUUCGAAAGAGUUCGGGGCUAAGGACUCUAUCCCACCCCCAGGUGAAUGCUGUCUACUGGCCAGAAAAUCUGAUGUUAAGUUAUAAAUUGCUUUUAAUGCAGUUAUGCUACUUCUUGACAACAAAGAGAACAAUAAAUGUAUUCUUGAAAUAUAGACCCAGGCACUUUUAGUGUAUGUUAUCGCUGUGAGUUCAGCUCAUGCUGCCUUCCUCUGCAGUCGUGCAUGGGAAUGUCUGUCAGCAACUUACAGAGCGUAUGAGUUUCCCCUGGGCUCUGCUUGGUUUCCUCUAACAAUAAUGCUGGCUGCUGUGCUAUAAGUGAACUAUUCUUGAGUAUCGCAUAUAACUCCAAUGAAAUAAACAAACAACAUGUAAGGCUUGAAAUAUGCAUGUAUAUGAAUGUUACGUAGUUAAAAAUGAUUUCAAGUUUAUUUUUUGUUGUCUUGCUGGGCAGUAAUUUGAGUAAACAAAUGGUUAGCACAGGAAGCUCGAGGAAUUGUGCUAGGCAAAAUUGUUCACUGUUUUUCCAUAAAAAUGUUUCCUCAACCAUUUUUGCUUUUUAUCUUCCCUCUUUCUCCCCACUUCUCUAAAACUGGGGUUAGAGCAUACCUGAUGACCUUCCACCCUCACCUCCGGCAAUACCCCAGAAAGGGAAGUUGAGAAGGAAGUAGAAAGGGAGGUGUUUGUUCAUUUGCAUUGCAUGAAAAUUGCUGCAUCAGAAUCCAUAGAAAAGAUGCUUUUUGUUUAAACAGGGAGCUGUUUUGUUCCUAUAAAGAAUCUCUGUAUCGUGUCAAGGAUUAGCUCCUCCCUGAAGUCUUGAUGAUUUUGUGUUGUGUUAAUAUGAUUCUGGUGUCUGAUGGACAAAUGAUUUUCACCUGCCACCUGUAACACUGAUCAUAAUCAUAUAAAUGCGAUACAGGGGAGAAUCAUUUAUACAUAUAUAUAGCUAUAUAUGUGCUGGGCACAUUCAUUUUCCUUUAUUAACAUUCAUGAUAAGGUAUAUUCUCUUAUCAUGAUUUGAUGUGAUUGCCAGAAAUCUGUUCCCUGACCAGCUGUAGAAUCAGUGCCGUAGAAGCAGUUGCUGGGUAAUACUGAAAUCCAAGAAGUGGAAAAUGUUCAUCAAGCUUAACACAAUUUAUUUAUCUGAUUGUUUCGGUUAUUCUGUGGAUGUUAUAUAGUAUAUCCUUGUUAGUUGUUACAUACUUUACUUAUUAAUUAUCCAUUUGUGUAGUACAUGUAUUACUAAUUGCACAUGUGUACUUACUUGUGAGAAAUUGUUACUGGAUUAAAAGCUGCUAAGCCAUUAGACUCCUUUUUUGUAGUUUUGAGAUGUGAAAUUAAAUAUUUUAGAAUAAAGGUAUAUAAUAAAUUUAAUAACAAAUGCCUGGGCACUCUGGUCUCCUCCACCCAUAACAAUUAACUGACUUGUUAUGAGUGACAAAGCCUUAAUUAUGGCAUUAAACAACAGUCAGUCAGUCAAAUUCCAGUAAUCAGGUUGUAACUGUUAGCCGGAAGGUUUGGU